CUCUCUCUCUCUCUCUCUCUCUCUCUCUCUCUCUCUCUUCCUAUUUCCUUCUACACCCAUUACUAUAAAGAAACCACACUUUCCCUCCCAAAUAGCCACCCACACCCUCUCUGCUCUCACCUUUUCUUGUUCUUUGUUAAGUGAGCUCUAAAGCAUUAAUCUUGCACAUGAAUUUUUAGACUUUGAGUUGAGAAUUCUGGCUUCAUUUUUGUUUUCUUUGGGCUAAUAAGGGGUAAAAGAUAUAAUCUUUAUAAGAUGGAGAAGCUCAAUUUUGUUAAAAACGGUGUGUUAAGACUUCCUCCUGGAUUUAGAUUCCACCCAACAGAUGAGGAGCUUGUAGUUCAGUAUUUGAAGAGAAAGGUGUUUGCUUGUCCGUUACCUGCUUCUAUAAUCCCUGAAGUUGAUGUCUGCAAGUCUGAUCCUUGGGAUUUGCCAGGGGAUUUGGAGCAAGAAAGGUACUUUUUCAGCACCAGAGAAGCUAAAUACCCUAAUGGGAACAGAUCUAAUAGAGCUACAACUUCCGGGUACUGGAAGGCAACUGGCAUAGACAAGGAAAUUGUAACUUCGAAGGGUCAUCAGCUCGUGGGUAUGAAGAAAACUUUAGUUUUUUACAGAGGAAAACCUCCACAUGGCACUAGAACUGAUUGGAUUAUGCAUGAAUAUCGCCUUAUGACCACUGAAACCAAUUCCCCACAAAAGAAGAACAUAAUUCAGAGUCCUUCGAUGCCAAUGGAAAGUUGGGUUCUUUGCCGAAUAUUUUUGAAGAAAAGAAGCACAAAAAAUGAAGAGGAAAAUGUCCAAUUUGGAAAUGAAAAUAAAGUGCGCAAGCUGAGAAAUACAAAGCCUGUGUUCUAUGAUUUCUUGACAAAGGAAAGAACUGAUUUGAAUCUUGCUCCUUCUUCAUCAUCUUCAGGAUCAAGUGGAAUUACUGAAGUUUCCUCAAAUGAAUUAGAUGAUCAUGAAGAAAGUAGUAGUUGCAAUAGUUUUCCUUUUUUCAGAAGAAAAGCAUGACUAGAAUCUAAAAUAUCUUCUUCCUUAGUUUUUAGUAUUUUUUAGUUCUUCCCCUCUCUUCAAGUUCCUGUAUCAGUAAUUUGCUUCUGGUUAUCAAAUCAGAAUAACUCAUCUAAGUUAUCUAAUGCUUUUGUCAUUAGGUUU